AUGGGGUUGGUUUCGAAAUGGGCCGAUGCCGAUGAGCUGAGGGGGGAAGAUGCCAAUAGGAUAGACAAGAAUGGAGGUGGAAAUGCCAAUAGAAUAGACAAGAAUGGAGGUGGAAAUGCCAAUAGGAUAGACAAGAAUGGAGGUGGAAAUGAAGUGUUUAGCAAAUACAAGGGAGAGAAAGGUGGAAAUGAACGUUUAAGCAAAUUCAAAGGAGAGAAAGGUGUCGGUGCAAUGGAUAAGGAUAGACAAGGUCAUUUGGAGAGCAAAUGGAAAGACAUUAGCGAUUCAAGCUCCUCAGCAAAUGCAAAAGAGUCUGAAUAUCGACAUAAUGGGGUUAAUUGUCAAAAAAAUGGAUUUCAUUCUAAUUUGCAUUUGUCUCCAGAUUCAAAAUACACGAGGUUGAAAAAUGGAAAAGGUAAAAAGAAAAAUGUAAAGGACAAGAGAGGAGAGGGGGCAGCAGAGGAAGGAGUAGAUAAGCGGCGAGCAGAUGAGUCGCAGGCAGAUGAGCCACAGGCAGAUGAGCGAGGACCACCAACUCAAGCCGCUAAAGCCUUAGCUGACAGAAUUCAACUUGCUACAAAACAAAAAAGGAAACAAAAUCGAAAGACUGAAAAAACUGAAAAGACUGAAAAAACAAUUAAUAUAGCCAACAAAACACAUGAUGAAGAAGAACGGAAAAAGAGAGAAUUACUAGAGAUGUUAGAACGACCUUGUAGAAAAGUGUGCCGUGUUCCCACUUUGCCAACGGUGCUAGGAACAAAUCGACUACACUACACAAACAACCACCCCUCGAGAGAUUCCAACAAGGAAAUUGAAAAGAACAAGUAUGACCAAUUAAUAAUAAAUGCCAUUCAACUGGACAAAGCCAAAACCUUCUCCUCUGUCAAUACAAAUAGUCCUUAUAUAAAGGAAUCAAGAAGACUACCGUUACGGACUAUUUUGGUUUUAAUUGCAACUUCGUCUUCCUUGAGCAUGCUAGUAUAUAUUAUAGUGCAAUACGUUAAAUUCCAGAGAGAUGAGAAUGAAAUGGGGUCAACCGGGGUAAACCAACGUGAGCGUGAACGUUCUAUAUUUGUACCGCUCUGGUUUAACUUAAAUAUAUGGUACAGGAAGUCGUACAGUUUCCCCGAGGGAAUAAAGUUUCUUGAUCCUCAAUACUAUGAGUAUUUAUUAACCGAAAUGGGCCAAUUGUGUCGUAAGGAUCCCAUGGAUUUGAAGAAGGGCGAUAUUGAAGACUUUUUGCGAGAUUUCAGAGAAAACCAUGUCAAUUAUGCCCUCUUAGAAAGAGUUUCGUCAGUUAAGAAAGUUCGUGAAAUAUUUGGACUCCCAUUGAAUGUCGAUAGUGCAAACAGUAACGACAAUGGCAGCGACAACUGUUUCAAAACAUGGGUGGAAGUGAAACACCCCAGUGUUUCUGGCAUGCAGUUUGAAUUCACUCAAAAUGUAAAACAAGGAUCAAACAAGCCCCAGAAUAGUGUCAACUUCAAAUGGGCUGUCAAGUGCUUGAAUAUAAGUUCAAUAGCGGCAAACUCAAUUACAUCGCUAAGAAUAGGUUUGAAUGAACUUGAGAGCUCAAACGCAAACGUAAAAACACACGAAAAAUCCAGUGGCAAGGUGCACAAAGUUAAAAGAGGCACGAAUGAUUUUGAAAUAAACAAAAACCGAGAUUAUUUAGUGAAUUUCCUGGGGGAAGCUAAGGUAAGUGACAAGUCAGGAGAAAAGACGGCUACGAUAAAGUACGUUGGCACAAUAGAUUUUGAUCAUCUAUUGAUUAACCGCGGGGUUAAGGUCUUGAAAAUCGAUCUUUAUUAUGGAGACACUGUAUAUAGAAUUGUGUAG